CAGCGCGGCGCGGGGCGGGGCGGGGCGGGGCGGCCGUUGGCGGAGCGGUGCCAAGAUGGCGCUGCUGCUGCUGCGGGACCCGCUGGGCUCCCGGGCGCGGCCGCUGCCGCUGCCCCCCGGCGGCGGCUCCGUGCGCGGCCUCCUGCGGGACUGCGCCCGGCGGCUGCGUAUUCCCGAAGAAAGUUUAUACGUGAAGUGCAACGGGCGGCUGGCUAAUGAUGACGAUGUUCUCCAGAAUGGCGUGGUGUAUAGCCUGGAACCGAGGCUUUGUGGUGGAAAAGGAGGAUUUGGAUCUAUGCUGCGAGCACUUGGUGCACAGAUUGAAAAGACAACAAAUAGAGAGGCUUGCCGAGAUCUCAGUGGAAGGAGACUUCGAGAUGUCAAUCAUGAAAAAGCGAUGGCUGAAUGGGUGCAGCAGCAAGCAGAACGGGAAGCAGAAAAAGAGCAAAGGCGCUUGGAAAGGCUGCAGCGGAAACUUGCAGAGCCAAAGCACUACUUUAUAAAUCCAGAUUACCAGCAGCAGUGUCAUGAAAUGGCUGAGCGGCUAGAAGAUUCAGUCCUUAAAGGAUUGCAGGCCACUUCAAGCAAAGUAGUGUCACCGGGAAGUGGCAAUAGCCGGAAGCGUCCAGGUGAAUCUGGAAAGAAUGGAACAAAAUAUGGAAAGAAAAAAUGCUUUUUGCUGGGAUUGGAAGGAUUGGAUGAUGCUGACAGUUCAGAUUCUGACAACGACAGUGAAAACGAUUCCCCUCAUGCAUCUGACGGAAGUUGUCCAUCAGGCAGUGGAUAUAGUGAAAAUGCUGGCAAUUCAAACAAAUGUUCAAACAGCCCUGUGGAUCCAGCAGAACAUAGUCCAGUUACUGAGAAGGCACCGGAGCAGCCAGAAGUUAGUGGAAGAGACCUGCAAAGGGAGAUGCACAAAGGUGGGCAAACUGAAAUUCCAGCUGAUGAAAACAGUAAAAUGACAGAGCCCCAGAAGGAAGAGGCCCAAGAAAACAAUGAAGUAACCCAAGCCGUGAAAGAAGAGGUGCAAGAAAAUGUUUCUUCCAAGGUGCAGGAAAUGGACCAGUCACAGAGCACAGAGGUGGAACCAAUAGACCUGCUCACGUUCAACUCUGCUGCUGAAAUGGAAGUGCUGGGUUUAGAUAAACUGAAGAUGGAAUUGAUGGCUUUAGGACUGAAAUGUGGAGGCACUUUACAGGAAAGAGCAGCAAGGCUUUUCUCAGUGAGAGGUCUCGCUAGAGACCAGAUCAAUCCUUCCUUAUUUGCAAAGCCACCUAAAGGGAAAAAAGCGAAAGUUUAAAUUAUUUUGCGUCUGUGUACUUUUAAGUUUUCCUUAUUCUGUUUCCAUUCUGUACUGCCACAGAAUUCUUUGUUGUCACCGGAUAGUUUUCUGUUUCUAUUUUUAAUGAAGUUUAGUUAACAUAACACAGUAAGUUGCUCAAUAGUGAGUUAGUUUUGUGCUCAUUGUACAGGAGUGAUAUAGUAUUCUUUACAAAUGGUUAUAACAAGUCUUAAUGUGACAGAACAAAAUUGCUGCAGACGGGAAGAAAUAACCUCAAUAUCUUGAAUUUGAUGAUUCUAUGACACUGUUGUCAUUUAUUUUAAGAAGUAUCAAUCCUUUCUUGGCUUUAAUUUGAUUCUCCUUUAAUAUGUAUUCAAGAUAGCACAGUUACAACUGUCAAAAGAUAAACAUCAGACUUAUUACUUAGGCUUAAAAGCUGAAGUUUAUAUAAAAAGAACAUUUUUAUAUGGAUGAGGAUAGUAUAAAUACUGUUCUAUGAAUUUGUGAGAUGUCAGGUAUCAAUACGAUAUCAGUUAAUAAUUGAUAUAAGUAUUUCUUUUAUAAGAACUAGUUAAAUAAACAAAUUUACUACUUUUCUUGAAAAGUAUCUGAGUGAGGAAAAAGAGAUGUACAUCCUUAAGAAAUUAAAAAGAAUAAAUUAUAUUUGUUGCUUGCUGAAGGUUGGUAAGAUACUGAGUGAUCGUCUGAACCUGAAUGGGAAAUUUAGAAUAGGUUUAAAAUUUUUUUCCAAUGGUAAAAGCAAUGGAAUAGUCUCUCAAGGACUUGAAUAUCUGCAGCAGUGGUGCUUUAUCCUAGAGCAGUGUCUGUAACCUUAGGGCUGGAUUUACCCUGUGAGGCGCUAAGGUCCCUUGCUGGAAGGGCAGCAUAUUUUCAUGACUGCGUGUGCAGCUGCCACUUCCUUUGUUUCAGUGGCUUUUAUGUAGUGUUCAGUUUGGUGCCUCAGAUUUUACCACUAUAUAGUGGGGAAUAUUACGUUCAUGGUCUGCCUAUCAGAUUUUCUUGGAGAGACCUGAAAAAUGACCUGUAAAAAAAAAAAUUUACUUUCUUCCUUUUCUGUCAUGUACCAUUAGUCUGUCUGUAUAAAGUUUGGCUCAAAAAAUAAUUUCGAACUGCAACACUGACAGGAAAUGGGUUUCAAAUGCUAGGGAAUUAGUUCGCUUGUGGCAUUUUAUGUCUCAAAUAUGAGCAGUGCUUAUCUAAUAGUGUGACUUGGUUUUUCAAUCUUACCACCUUUGUCCUCAGAAGUUGUUUUGUUUAUGCUUGGAAGUUAGCUCGGCAUUGAGAAAGGGUUUUAAAGCUCAAAGUUUUUUUUCUUGACCAACUGUAGAGGUGAGCUGCUAAAACAGUUGUGUUCAUGCAGCUGCCCCAACAUGCUGAUUAAUCCGACAGUUUAUACUCAGUCACUGAUGGGACCUGUUCUGUGACUUGCCAGGACAGUGAAGGGAGUUGAAGUCAGAAGUAGGUCCUUGCUAGAUCUGCUGGUCACUUCUGGUCACACCCAAUCCCCUGACAAAAUCUCUGGCAUCUGGCCAAACCAAAACCAGCAUUCCUCUCUUGGUCUUUCUGAGGUACUUGGUUAGAAAAUGAAGAUGGAGGGUUUCCUGCUCUGGAGAUGUAUCCACCUGAAGUUUACAAGGGAGCAGUCCUGGUGCCAGCAUUCCUCCAGGUGUCGCUGAGGGUCAGGGACAGCCUGGGUGUGAGCAAGCAUCCUUAACUCACCUGGCAGCCAGGUCUUCUGUUCUCCUGCAUAUAUUCCAGUUCAUAGCAGAUGGUGUCAAGUCAUACUGAGGAAAGGCGUGGAAACUGGGAAGUGCAGAAUUUAUUUCUAAUGCAGCAGCUGAUAGGCAAGUCAAAAACACUUCCUGUGCUUUGUUUUGUCUUACUUGUAAAAUGGAUUUGAGUCUACUCGCUAGUUGGAACCAUAUUUUGUGCAUUUAAAUUCUGUAAAAGUGCCAUAUAUUACAUACAAGUCCUUGGUGCCCUUUUGGGUCUUUCAACUGAGUAUGAAACGGAUAGGCAGAUAUUUGUAGUGAUGGUAAUUACACCAUCAUACACAAAUCCAGCACUCGUGGAUCUACCUGAUGGAGUGUUCCGAAAACACAAAUUAUGGCAAUUGAGGGCUAAACUGCUGAAGUGUGUUUGAACUGUUCUCUACUUACCUACACAUGUGAUCCAAAAGUAGUGAACUUGCCAUUUUGCAGCUUAUCAUUAGUAUAAUUUUGUUUAUUUGAUGAGCAGUGAUUUAUAUACAGCAAAGAAUAUGGCAGAUAAAUUCAUGUUUGUGGCAAUAAAGCACUUGACAUGUCUGACACUUUAAUCUGUAAGGGAGACUUGGAAAAUUACAAAAAAAAAAAAAAAAGACAUUAAGAUUCUGCAAAUCAUAUCUCAUGGGGGUUGUUACAGGACAAGGGAUGGAUCCUGGUUAGAAAGGUUUGGUUUACUCAGUAUGUCGGAUUAGGGAACAGGAGUAGAGGGUACCUAGAAGGUCACCUCAGCAUAGUGAAGUUUGGUAGUCAUGAAUAUGUCAAUCAAGAAUAUUUUGCAUCAGCAGCAGUCCCACCUGGGUGGUAAGCCAUCAGUAUGCUUACUGCUCUUCUCAUAAAAGCGUAUACAUAGGGUGUGUCAGGAGCGCCUUAGCUACGUGAACAUGCUGAAGCUCCUUCAUAGUAUGGCAAGGGAUCGUGUGGGUCAAAACGGAAUAGGCCAAUAUAAUGAUGUGUGUUGGUAACAACACUUACCUAACUUACUUCCCCUGGCUGCAAUCGCACUUUUACUUCAGCUGCAGUGACUCAGCCUCUUCUAAGCCUGUCCCAUGCACUAUCAUCCACUUGCGUUUCCUGUUGUGGAUUCCUUGUUCUAACAAAUCUGUUCCCUAAUGGGGCAUGAGGUGUACCUCUUAACAAAUUUGUGCCAGCAUAACUAAUGGAGCAUUGUAUAGGGUAGGGAAUAAACAUUGGUCAGCGGAGAACUGGAGUAUCUUCAACCAGCAGUAGUGCCAAACGCUUGUGAAAUUGUCUUCAGUAGUGCCAGAAUUAGAAGAAUUACCCUUCCUCUCUGUGUUGUUAGGAUAAUGGCUUAUGUGUACCUUGAACCAGCUCAGUGCUUAGGCACAUUUAUUCUGUAAUUGUUUAGAUCCUGCUGAGCUAAACAGGAACAAGCACUUGUUCCGGAGUAUGUCUGCAUACGGGGUUAGUCUUGAGCAAUACUACAUCUAGACUGUCAUACAGGCACUCACUGGCAGUGCUUUACUUCCAUGUGACGAUAGGGUAUCCUUCAGAAAACAGAUCAUAGACAAGACUCAGAUUGAUUCUUCAACAGAACAGAAACAAGUGCUUGAAGCUUUCUGAAGUAUUUGGACAACAGAAGAAAGAAUUCAGCAGCUACUAAUUAUAUAUAAAUUAAAGCCAUUCCAAUGUGUAAUGGGUUGUUUCAUAUAGUACAGAAUGGCCUCAGGAUAAAGGUGAUCUUUUCUAGUGCAGGACCAGAGGAUAAUGCAGAGUGUAUGGUACUCCUGCUUUUAUCUUUGCAAUGAGUAAUGCAACUUGGAAUUUCAAAAAAUGUUUCUGGUUGUAAACACAUCAAGACUAUGAACAUCUGUCCGAAAAAAAGCUUUGUGCUCCUGUGCAAACACUUCCCCAACAAGCAAGAAGUGUGUCUUGCAGAAUUCUUCUGAAGUGUUUUACUUUACAUUUGUUUUUUUAAAAAUAAAAAAUAAAAAAAUCUUCUAAAAGAGC